AAUUGGAAAUAACUCGGACGGUGUUGUGUGCUAUCGUCGAACACGUUGCCACAUUAAUUUUCUCUCUCUCCUACAAUUUGUAUCUUUUUAUAUAAAAUAUAGUAUUAACAAAUCUGUGAGUAAAUAAAAAUCAUACAUAAAUGGAUUAAACAUCUAAGUCAUAUUUAACUAUAAAUUCAAAUGCGAAAGAUAUAAAAAGCCAAUGCAAAGUCGCAGAGAUUUUUGUAAUUCGAUGCUGUCGGUUAAGUAAACGUUAAAUGUUUUAACAAACGAAAACGUCACGAAACGUUGUGUGGUGUUACAUGAGUUGAUGGUUUGAUGUUUGAGAAGAAGUAUAAAUCAAUAAAGAUAUAACAAACUGCGAGUGCUAUUGCGAUUGUCGUGUCUGGCUGGCUGGCUAACUGUAAGCUGUUAGUAUAGUGCCUUUGCCGUGUGUUUUAGAUGGAUGUGGUUGUGUAGAUUAAUGUGUAUCUAUGAAGAAUUUGUUUCUUUGUGUGUAUGCGCGUUUCUACGUCAGACAAAAGUAAAAUAAAAUAAAACAACACAAAAAAGAUACACAAAGUGAAUAUUUGAAAUAUACAAAAGUAUCUAAUUCAUCAUGAAAGUAUCUAUGGAUUUACGAUUGUUUGUUUUAACAAAAUAAAAUUCGCUGAGAAAAGUUAAAAAACUAAAAUUCAUCAACAAAAUAAAAAUGAUAUCCUCGCGGAUAACAAUGGCUACGGAAAAUGUCCCACUGCUUCAAAUUCAGAUUCAGUUCGAAGGAAAGUGAGAAACGUAACAAAAGAUACAAUUCAGACCUUAAUUUAUCUUUUUGUUCUUCUUCCUUAAAUCAAAAUCAAUUCGGAUUUGCUUGUUCGAUUGUUUUGUAAUCAAAUUUUUGCGAUAAGAAGUGAGUUUUGUUGUUGUUGUCGUCGACGUCUAAUUGGAAUUCCGAACAUCUACACCGAAGUUUUUUUUUUUUUUUAAUUCGUCGUCUCACCUUUGAAGAUAUUUUUGUGGGAAUACUAUUGCAGUUAGACUCAUAGAUACACCUGCUUAUUGGACUCUGUUGUUGUGAAGGGUGUGUGUGUGUUUUCCGUACCGCACAGUAUUUUUGUGGAAGUGUGUGUAGAGAGAUACCGGCUUCGGCGUUUUGUUAUUUUUGUAUCUUUAAACUUUGAUGAGAGUGUGUAUAGUGGGUGCAUAGAGCGAAGUGCCGUUGUUGUUAUUAUUGUAUCUCUGCUUGUGAUGCCAUUUUCGUUGUAUGAGCGCAGACCAGACGCAGAGAAAGAAAACAUAGAAUAAAACAUCGCAACGCGUUUCUCCGGCAUGAUGUUUAUUUUAUUGUCAUUUUUUAUUAUCUAUCUAGCAACUUAACUAUCUUUUGUGUGUUUUAUUCGCAAGGGCAGGUGGGUAAUAACUAAACCCCCACUCAAUCUCUGGCACUAUCGUGAAACCGUGGAACGAAAAACCGUAAACUAAAGCAGUGUUGUCAUUCUUCACUGUAAUAAGUAUCUCAUAAUUUUACAUUUGCAGAGUAAAAAUCAUCAAUGGGAAGAUCUAAUGUGAAUGCGAGUUGAGUACAACGCACCGGUUUACUCUCGAUUAUAUUGUUUUUAAUUAGUCGGUAAUUAAUAUUGCAAAACACAGUGUGUAUGACAAGUGAAGCAGAAGAACAAAACAAAAACGUUUUACCUUACCUGUCGAUAUCGAACUUUUUAACCUAGAACAGAGGAGAUAAGAUAAAAUAAAAACAAAACGCGUUUGUUUAGAAUUCGCUUUUGUUUUAUGUAUUUUACCGUUAAAUAGAGAUAAAAGUGCGGGAGUUUGUUUGGUAAUAAGUUUGCCGUGUCAUCAUAGCUAUCGUCGGCGGGCGGCGGCGGCGUUUCGUUUAUACCCUUCUACUCGCUUAUAUGUUGCUAGAUAUCAAAGUAACUAUAGGUCCCUAAGCUUUGUGUACUAACUUUAAGUAUACACGUUGUAACUCUUUAUCUCUAUCAGUUUGUGUAAUUGUUCUUCUUUUUUUACACAAUCACUUUCAUUCGCGCGUAUAAAUAAUAAUAAUUGCUUUCGGAUUAUUUUUUAAUUAAAAAAGAGAUUCUCCACUUACCUAUUGGGAUUACAAAAUAAAAACAGAAACAAGAUAAUAAAAUAAAAAAGUGAAAGGAUUAUUUCGCUGUCUCUUCUGUAAAGCUGCUAUAUAGACCUAGUGGGUGAUAUUUUUCUAUACUGUAAAGAAAAAAAUAUCUAUCUUUCUUGUAUCUAUCUUUUUAUCUAUACAAUCGGAAACUUUCAUCAACUUUGUUGGAUGCGGUACUUUUGUUUUGUUUACUUAGGAAAUAAACAAUACAAAGUCGUCGAAGUCCUUUGAGAUUUUCUGCAUCAUCAAAUUAAAGAUAAUAAAAACAAGCACGUUUGGAUAACAUCUUAUAAACCGGACCACAUCGUAUUUUGCACUCUGCGCUCUAAUCCAUUCUAAUAUAAAGGACAACAUACACCUUAAGGUUGCCCAAUAGUAUAAUCAGAGUGUCAAGUUAAACGUUUUACGCGAUGUUAAAUUUAAGGAAUUUAAAUUAACAACACCUGAAAUGGAAUAUAUGAUGUCAACUUUUCGAACGAUUUGACGCAACACGACGUUGUUGGCGUAGUCAUUCUUUCCGGUCUUCAUUUAUUCACUUGAGAGGCAGAAAGAACGGAGACGACAAGUGAAAGAUCGACAUCAUCUGUAGUUUAGAAGUUAUCCCAAGCUAAAGGGGGGAUAGGCUUAUUUUUUUUGAAAAGAAGAAACGAACCAAGACGCCACGGAGAGUGCACAAAGUCAGCUUGGUCUGAUUUUAGUGUAGCCCGCUAACAGUUUUAUCGUCAUCAAAAAUGUAUAAUCAUACGAAAAAUCACGUCAAAAUGUCAGUGAAACACAGUAGGAGAAGAACGCUGAUGUGUCCAGGGUCGAGCCUACGAAUAUUGCUGCAUGUGCUGAUCAUUGGAGUCAUAGCGACACAAAUAACCGCCGAUGGCAUGCAACAUAUGACAGAUAAUGGCGGUGGGGGUGGUGGCAUGGGCGGCAUGGGUGGCGGUAGCAUGUCCAUGGAAGUGAGCCCUGCACCGGCCUUCGGUCUGCCGGCGAUGCCCAAGGACCCGAAUUCGCGCUGCGAAGAAAUCACCAUUCCUAUGUGCCGAGGUAUCGGCUACAACAUGACAUCAUUCCCGAACGAGAUGAACCAUGAGACUCAGGAUGAGGCCGGUCUGGAGGUGCAUCAGUUCUGGCCCUUGGUCGAGAUAAAAUGCUCGCCAGAUUUGAAAUUUUUCCUCUGCUCGAUGUACACUCCAAUUUGCCUUGAAGACUACCACAAGCCUCUGCCAGUUUGUCGGUCGGUCUGUGAACGAGCUCGAUCGGGCUGUGCGCCCAUCAUGCAACAGUACAGCUUUGAAUGGCCCGAGCGGAUGGCUUGCGAGCACUUGCCAUACCACGGCGAUCCGGAGAAUCUCUGCAUGGAACAACCGACCUACACAGAGAACGAGGGAACUGGCCAUUCGUCAGGUGGCUCUGGGGGAUCUGGCGGCUCGUCAAGAGGUGACUCAGGAUCGAGUGGAUCGGGCGGCUCAGGUGGUAAAUCGAACCGGAAACAGUCGCAAUCGGCCAAAUGCAAAGGAAAGAAUUCAAAAAACUGCCAAAAUUCCCUAGGAGAAAGAACAAAGGAGUGCACAUGCAGUUGCCGUCCACCACUGAUACUCCUGGGGAAGGAAAACCACUGGUACAACACAACUGUCGGAAGGGUGGCCGGCGUGUCAAAUUGCGGAAUACCAUGCAAGGGUCCGUUCUUCACAAACGACGAAAAGGAGUUCGCCGGAAUAUGGAUCGCUCUGUGGUCGGGACUGUGCUUCAUCAGCACUCUAAUGACACUCACCACGUUCAUCAUCGACACCGAAAGGUUCAAGUAUCCUGAGAGGCCAAUUGUCUUCCUGUCAGCCUGCUACUUCAUGGUUGCCGUGGGCUAUCUAUCGAAGACCUUCAUGAACAAUGACGAAAUAGCCUGCGAUGGCCGGAUCUUACGACAAUCCUCAACGGGGCCACAAUCGUGUACCUUGGUCUUUUUGUUGGUGUAUUUCUUCGGAAUGGCUUCGUCGAUCUGGUGGGUUAUUCUAUCGUUCACCUGGUUCCUCGCUGCAGGCUUGAAAUGGGGAAAUGAAGCUAUAACCAAGCAUUCUCAAUAUUUCCACCUUGCCGCUUGGCUAAUUCCCACGAUACAAAGUGUUGCCGUGCUUCUUCUCUCGGCAGUUGAUGGUGAUCCGAUCUUAGGAAUCUGCUAUGUGGGAAACUUGAACACCGAUCAUCUUAAAACCUUCGUUCUAGCCCCUCUGUUUGUGUAUCUGGUCAUUGGAACAACAUUCCUGAUGGCUGGCUUCGUUUCGCUUUUCCGCAUUCGAUCGGUGAUCAAGCAACAGGGAGGCGUUGGAGCUGGCGUCAAGGCUGACAAACUUGAGAAGCUCAUGAUUCGUAUUGGUAUCUUCUCCGUCCUUUAUACCGUCCCAGCGACCAUUGUCAUUGGAUGCUACCUUUACGAAGCAGCUUACUUCGAAGACUGGAUCAAAGUGCUGGCUUGUCCGUGCGCUAACAUCAAGGGCCCCGCCAAGAAGCCUCUCUACUCCGUGUUGAUGCUAAAAUACUUCAUGGCACUGGCCGUGGGCAUAACGUCGGGAGUCUGGAUCUGGUCAGGUAAGACUCUAGAGUCCUGGCGUCGAUUCUGGAGACGCCUCUUCGGUCAUCCUGAUCACACAGGUGCAAAUCAGGCUCUGAUAAAACAACGCCCACCUGUUCCACAUCCGUAUGCAGGAUCUGGAAUGGGUGUGCCCGGGUCGGCGGCCGGCUCGCUAAUGGCAACUCCUUACACUCAGGCAGGCGCCAGUGUUGCAUCGACCAGCCACCACCAUUUGCACCACCAUGUCUUGAAACAACCACCGGCCAGUCAUGUAUGA